UUACUAUGGGAAUGCCGAGAGACGAAAGGUCUGGCCAUCAGCUGCCCCACCGGUAGGCGGGUGAAAAGUCUCCGGGUACAAUUCUUUGUAAGUUUGUAGUGUACACCGAAGAAUCAAUCAUCUGGAGUCAAAAAAGGUUCAUCAAACAUGCCGCCCAAGCAAAUUCGAAUUCCUGACCUCCUCAGGGCCAGUAAGCCCACGUCCGCACUUGGGGGUGCUGAUGUGGCGCUGAAAAAACUAGCUGGUGCUGACGUGGCAUCAAGGAAACUUGUGGGCUCUGACGUGGUCUCAGCCAGGGGGAAGAGAUCUCGGGGAAUCGCUUUAGAAGGUGAUGGCGCCGUUGUUGAGUUUGGCAAUUCCUCAACAGCGGAUAUCGUGGGAGGUGACGAUGUGGCGCUCUUACCUGAGAGGAAGAGGGCACGGCGUCAGAUUGUCCCGACGAUGGCGGCGCCCCACUCUCUGAAGUCUCGCCUGCGGGGAGGAGAGGAGUGCGCGAGAAAGGAGUUGCAAAGCAGCGCAUGCAAGAAGAGAGAUGCUGAGGUGCCAACGGGAACGGUCAGCGCACGGAGACGCUUGUCCUCGGAGCAUGGCGGCACGGGAAGUGCUGUGGAAGGAAGCUCUUCAGCAGCUGAUAUAGGUGAUGACGAGCCUAAUUCGGAAGCAACUGGACAGGUAACGGGAGGGGAUCCAUCCACGUCGACUUCUUGUUCGGCAAUCCUCCAAGGGGGAGGAGUCACUCCUGAACAGUUGCGAGCUGCCCUUAGCAGGCGCCUGACCACUGAGAAUGGGGAACUCCAAAUUUCCGGAAGUAAGGUGGAUGUGGUGGAGCAGCAAGAUGGGGGUUCUCCACCGUCAGAUGUGGCAGCUGUCAAGUGGAAACCCUCUCAAACUAUUUCUGAUGUUGGGAAAGCCGACAAUGGCGGAAGGAUGCCUAUUAACACCCGGAGAUAUGGUUCUGUUGCUGAAUCGCCUUCCACAUCAGCACCGAGUUCGCCUCGGGCGAGUCCACGUCAGAUUCGCACCAGCCCGCGUCGUCAUCUUCCGCCCAAGCCCGUCGCAGAUGUUCGUGCUGCACCUUCUUCCCCGAAGGCUGUUCUUGAUCGUGGGCGAGGAGGCAAGCCAUUACAGAGCUCGUUGGACGGAUGGGCACGAGUGCAGAAGGGUCCAACUCCUUUGCGUAACUACGGCAGUAGGGGGAGUUUGAUGGCUGCCCUUGUGCUGGGGAAAUGUGUUCCUCCUACUACACCUGUGAAGUCCACACCGACUGGGGCGGUAAGGGAGUUGGGUGCUGCCGAAGACUGCGAAGGGGUUUCUGAGACAAGUAGGAAUUCAGCAGUAACGGAGGAUGCUCCUGGCAUAGAGAGUGGAGGGACCUCGCCUCGACGUGGUGGAAUCUUGGGCUGGGCUAGACGUGUCACCCGGCACGGAGUGAAAGGAGGUAUGACAAGUCCCGAGCGGGGCCCCAGGAGGGAAGGAGGUGCGGUAGGGGAUAGCGAUUCUCCAACCCUCCUCAAGAAGGCAGCGUCAAUGCGAGAUGCAGAACCAGCAGUACAGGGCGUGAGAUCUUCUGGCAAAUUGCCUCCCAAGUAAGUCGUCUUCUUGGCCGUAUGUCUUCUGCUUUAUCAUCCAGGAUUCUGGCCGGAUUUACUGCAGCUCGGUGUUUGGUUGAUUGAUAAUCUGAUUGAAUGUUUGAGUGAUUGAUUACUAAGCUGCUAGCUUAUGGACCAAAGCGAUUGCUUGUGUUAAUUUGCGGAAUUUGUAUCAUUCAAGUGUCCAAUUGAUUUGUUAAUAGAUGGCCUGUAGAAGCGGUUGAAGAUGAGAUAGAUUUGCAACUGGAGUACCUACUCGAUUAUGCAUCGGACUGGAUCAGCUCAAAGACAGCGAUGACAGGGGAAGUUUUGUACAGGAUUCAGUCUGGAAUCAACACAGCCACAAUAC